AUAAAUGCGCCCUCGAUAAAGCGCUUUGCCAGUUGUUGGAAUGUAAAAGUCACACAGACUUGGAUCGCCUGCUUCAAGCCAACUGUGCCUUUUAGUAACUCAAAAUGAGGCUAAUCAUUGACAGGAAACAUUCAUUUCCAUGGUUUGGCAUGGAUAUUGGUGGGACCCUUGUUAAACUGGUCUACUUUGAACCAAAAGACAUCACGGCUGAAGAAGAGCAGGAAGAAGUGGAAAACCUGAAAAGCAUUAGGAAAUAUCUGACUUCCAACACAGCCUAUGGUAAAACAGGGAUCCGAGAUGUCCACCUUGAACUGAAAAACUUGACUAUGUGUGGACGUAAAGGGAAUCUCCAUUUCAUCCGUUUCCCAAGCUGUGCUAUGCACAGGUUCAUACAGAUGGGGAGUGAAAAAAACUUUUCAAGCUUGCAUACCACACUUUGUGCUACUGGAGGUGGAGCUUAUAAGUUUGAGGAAGAUUUCCUAAUGAUUGCUGACCUCCAGCUUCAUAAGCUAGACGAGUUGGACUGCCUGAUCCAAGGUCUUCUGUAUGUGGAUUCUGUUGGUUUCAAUGGUCAGCCGGAAUGCUAUUAUUUUGAAAACCCCUCAGCACCUGAGCGGUGUCAGAAAAAGCCUUACUGCCUUGAUAAUCCCUUUCCUAUGUUGCUAGUUAACAUAGGCUCUGGAGUCAGCAUCUUAGCAGUGUAUUCCAAAGACAACUAUAAGAGAGUUACAGGGACCAGUCUCGGUGGUGGAACAUUCCUGGGUCUUUGUUGUUUGCUGACUGGCUGUGAGACCUUUGAGGAAGCUCUAGAAAUGGCAGCUAAAGGAGACAGCACCAAUGUUGAUAAGCUGGUGAAGGAUAUUUAUGGAGGAGAUUAUGAACGGUUUGGUCUUCAAGGAUCUGCUGUUGCAUCAAGUUUCGGCAACAUGAUGAGCAAAGAAAAGAGAGAGACUAUCAGUAAAGAGGACCUGGCAAGAGCAACUUUAGUCACCAUCACCAAUAACAUUGGCUCGAUUGCUCGGAUGUGCGCCUUGAAUGAGAAUAUUGAUCGAGUGGUGUUUGUAGGAAACUUCCUGAGAAUCAACAUGGUUGCUAUGAAGGUGCUAGCCUAUGCUAUGGACUAUUGGUCAAAGGGACAACUCAAAGCUCUCUUUUUGGAACAUGAGGGUUAUUUUGGUGCUGUGGGAGCUCUUUUAGAGCUGCUCAAAAUGACUGAUGAUAAAUGAGGAAGCUCCUAGAAGCUAAGAGCCCGUCAAAGCUGCUUGAAGGAUGACAGCUGCUAGGAGGAUGGGAAAGAAGCCAUGGAGGAAGUUCUACCUGCUGGAUUUGUAAAUACUGUAAUAAUUUAAACUUAUUUUAGCGGAUCUUUUAAAUUUAGGGAUGGACAUUAACUUCAGACUUUGUACCAGGCAUUUUUAUGGGAAUACAACAUUUUUAAGAUAAACAAAAUGUGCAGUGCGGCCAAUUUUUAUGGAUUGUAUCUAAAAAAUAGGCACUGAGCAGGAAAAGGACCUAAAUUAUGAGACACUGGUAUUAUUAUUGUUGUUGUUAUUAUUAUUUUCUUCUGGGGUUUACUGAUCUAGUGUGAUAAUGAUUCAUUUAGUAAUCGCUCUAGGAGAUUUUUUUUAAAUCUUUCAUGACGUUUCAUGAUCGCUGUUGGUUUCAAAUGAAACUGCAAAGCUGGCAUUUAGUGUGAACACUAAAAUAAUGAAUCUUGCUGCCUUCAUUCUAUUAAACUAUGUUCAUCUCCAUCAUAAAUUAACUACCUUUGUUUAGCUGUCCAUGUCAGCAGUAAUAAGUAGUAUUUUUAGAUGCGUUAUCAAUCUACUGAAAAGAAAGAGAAUACCUCAAUUUUUCUUGGUUAUAUUUACACAUCUUAUGAAAACUCAUCUAUUCAGUACUUCUUCACUGUUGUUUGGAAAUCCUCAUUUCUAGUUCUCUUAGCUGAACAUAUGAUUAUUGAACAAAAGAAAGGCCUUUCCCCGAAACAUUAGAUGAGGUCAGAGUUGUCUUGGGGGGUGGUAAAUGACACAUCUGUGAUGAUGCCAUCACACAAAUAAUGUGACUUAUGUACAUGCAUCAUGUCGUCAUUGCAUAAGCACUUCAUUGGUACAAUGACCUCAUGACCCAUAUGUCUUCCUUUUGAUGUCAUUACAGCUUGUAUUGGAUGCUUCUGGAUGAGGUAUUAAAACAUGUCGUGUAACUGAAUGAUCUUUCAUCCAGAACAGUGGAUGAAAUGCCCUGGACUGCCUAUUCAAACUGUCUGUGUGUAACUUUCUUUGAAUGAAAAAAAAAGUGAGUCACUAUCAUAUACUGUACAAUCCAGAAACAGGCUUAUUUCAUCUUCAUUUGUGAGAAGUCAGCUUUGAAGGACAGUAAUUUUUAUGGUAAAUAAAUAUGCAAAUUGGAAGACUUGUUACACUACAAGUUUGAUAUAUUUAAAAGUCAGACGUGUCAUUUUUUUUGUCCACAGUUAAAAAGUCACACUGAAAUUAGCCAAUUAUUAGUGGUAUUAAAAUUAUGAACACAGUACAGUAUUAUUUACUGUAUUAAUCUCUAUAUUUUAUUCUGCUGUCACAUUCUACAGGGGGCCAUCAGGAGACAACAUAGUUUUACUGAGCAAAUAUUCUGUAAUAAAUUGGAUUGUUUGGAAUACAUAUUUGAUUUCUUUACCUUGAAACCUUCAAUGCAUUAAAAAGAAUGGUUCACUUAUCUGACUGAAAUAAAAGUACAUUAUUAUUGU